UCUCUCUCUUUGCCUCUUUCUCUCUUCUCUUUCUCUCGCUCUAUAAAACAUCACAUCACACUGACAAUCAGACCUACAAGCACUACCAUUCACGCAACACCGCCACUAAUCCUACCACAAAGAACGUAUCAUUCAUAUCUUCCAAUAGACAAAACAUAGACAGAGCAUUUGAUUUUCAGCCCUCAGUCAAUCUGAAGAUUGAUCCCUGCUAUUUGCUCCAGGGUCUUUUUCAUGUUUCCUUUUGUCAUUUGUCUCUAGUUGUGGCAUUUUUACCUAGUCAAUUCCAUUUUUUUUCAAGAAAGGGUUUUGCGUAUAGGUUGGCAUGAAAAGUGAAGGACUACCAAGAGGAAUGAAGUCCACAUGUUGGUGCAUUGUUCUCCUGUCACUCAUUUCUAUGGUUACAAGUGCCCAUUCAUCUGCAUCUGGAAGUUCAGACGUUCUAAAGUCAGAGAGACCAAAGUCAAGAGCUAAGGACCUCUGGACAACAGACACCAGCAAGGACUUAUCCAUCAGUCAUCUGCUCUCCCAGACCUUUUAUGACAAGAAUCUGUCUGGCCUGGAUCUGAACUAUGACAAGUUGGAACCGUACUCUAAACAGGAGCUCUGGGACUGGCUCCACAACACCUCUAGCCUUCAUGACCCCCGCUCCCGAUCCAAGAGGAGACCCAUCGUCAAGACAGGAAAGUUCAAGAAGAUGUUCGGCUGGGGCGACUUCCACUCCAACAUCAAGACAGUGAAGCUCAACCUGCUGAUCACCGGGAAGAUUGUAGACCACGGCAACGGCACGUUCAGCGUCUACUUCCGCCACAACGCUACGGGCCAGGGCAACGUGUCGGUGGGGCUGGUGCCGCCCACCAAGGCCGUGGAGUUCCAGCUGCAGCAGUCGACGGUCCUCGAGCCCAAAGACACCAAGCUGUUCAACUGCAGGGUGGAGUACGAGAAGGUGGAGAAGGGCACCAGGAAGUCGCUGUGUUCCCACGACCCCUCGCAGAGCUGCCCUCAGGAGCAGACCCAGAGCCAUGUGUCCUGGCUGUGCUCCAAGCCCUUCAAAGUCAUCUGCAUCUACAUCUCCUUCUACAGCACCGACUACAAGCUGGUGCAGAAAGUGUGUCCGGAUUACAACUACCACAGCGAUACUCCCUACCUCCCCACCGGGUGAUUGGCUGAGCGGCUAAGGGAAAGGAACAGAGACAGACAGGGCAUUCGCUCCUGAGAGGUGUCAGUUGAUUUGAGCUAGGCUAGCACGGCCCUCAAUAGAACAGAGGGGGAUGCUUUACUGUCGGAACGGAACUGUUAAAACGUAUUAUUAAAGCCAAUGAAUCCCUGCUGCUUGUGAGAUCGCAACACUGAGCAGACCUUCCCUAUGGCCAUUGUAAGAGCAAUUAGUACGCAACAUUUCCUGGCUUGGCAUACUUUUUACUCAUGUAUUUUGACCCUCUGCAGUAGCUAUAAGAAAGUGCUCAGCCGGAGCCUUCUCUGAAGAUUUGUCAUUUAUGUAAAUAAUAACUGAUGAAGCCCACUUUAUUCUAUUAGAAACCGUUUCGAUCUUCUAAUUGUGUGUUGAUGGAAUAGCAUUUUGAAUUUUCCUUCUCUCUCACUCUCCAUUUCUGUUUGUCGCUGGUGAUUACAAAGCGGAAAUGAAGUAGGUAGAUGCCGACUUACUGCGAAGGAAAGUGUCAGAACGCAUUAAGACGUGCCAUCUAUUUCAUUACGUGUUUGUAUCUGAAUGACAGCCAGAAAUACAGAUCCUUUCAGAAUUGUUUCUUUUUCAGUCUCAGUGAAUUAUUAAAACAUCAACAUGGGGACAACACACACUAAACAGCAGGCAUCUAGAAUCUAGGCUACAUUAACACUGAGUACACCUAACAUUAGGAACACCUUCAUAAUAUUGAUUUGCGCCCCCUUUUGCGCUCAGAACAGCCUCAAUUCUUCAGGGUCUGGACUCCACAAGGUGUCAACCCGUUCCACAGGUAUGCUGGCCAAUGUUGACUCCAAUGCUUCCCAUAAUUGUGUCAAGUUGGC